AGGGCCUGCCGUGAGGGCGGAGCGGGCGGCCGGGGGCUGCCCGAGCAACAGCUGCGGCGGGAGCGGUUUACAAACAGUGCCCCGAACGCCAGCGCCACCGCCGAGUCCGGGCUCCGGCGACACCGCGGGCGGCCGCUCCCGCUCCCCUCCGUCCCUCCUUGCCCCCACCUCAGGAUGCCGGCCGGGGAGGCGGCUCAGGCGCAGGUGAGGGAGGGCUGAGGGUCGGCUGCAGUGAAGGGGGGCUCCCCUCCGGACCCCCUACCAUCCCCUCGUGUCCCCCCCACUCAUCCGCUCACGGGAGGGGAGCCGCAGCCCCUUCCCCGCGGAGCUGGUCCCCGUGUGAUGGAGGGAGGUGGUAGUGAGGGGCAGCACCCCUGCAGGGGGGUCCCCGCUUUGUGAGGGGCUGGGGGGGCCCCCUCGCGGCUGUCCCGGAGCUUGGAGGGUGUGUGUGUGGAGGGGGGAGGCUGAGGAGGAAGGGCAGGUGAGGGGGGGGGGCAGGUGAGAGGCGGCGGAGCAGCAGCAGGUAACGAGCCCCUCCCUGGGGGCGGUGGGGGGCGAGUGCAGCCCUUCCCAGCCUCCCUGCCUCCCUCCCAGCCUCUCCUUCCCUCCCAGCCUCCCUCCGUUGCCUCCCCGCCGUGCCCGGCUCCUUCCUUCGCCCGCCCGGGGUCGCCUCCACCCUGCGCCCCCCGCGGCCAGGAGGUGUCCCCAGGUCCCGCUGCGGCCCCUGCCCCUUCCCUUCCUGCCUCCCUGGGGCUCUCCCAGCGCCGAGGCUGGGCUCUGGGGGCUCCUCUGGGCUCGGGGGGAGCAGGGGGCACCCGCUUCUUUGUGAGCCCGAGAUGGUCCUGGAGGAAGGAUUUGGAGUAAGUGGCUCAUGGGGCCGGGGAUGGGGGGGUUAAUGAAAAGUUUAUCGAUCCGUUUUGCCAUUUUUUUUUUCGUUUUCCUCUCCUAAAGGCUAAACCCUUCCUCCUAAUUUCUCAGGCAUCGUGUUUCUUCUCUCUCUCUCUUUUUUUUUUUUUUUUUUUGAAGAGGAAUAGGAAGUUUAGAAAAAUAAAUAAAUAAGCCCCAACUGACUUCUUAGGCAACAAAGACGUUGCCAAGCGAGGACAAUAAAAUUCUAGAAUAUCUAGAGAUUGAAUUUCACUCCUGCUCCGUGAUACCCGCCGGACUUUCUGUUCCUGGGGGUGGAGGGGGGUGGUGUUUGUUUGUUUCCCACACAGAAAACCUGCAGCCAGAGUGAGCUGUGUGUGUACUCUAAUGAGCCAUCCCAUAAACGUGCUGUGUGACUCCCAGUGCUGGAGUUCUUUGUGGCACUGAACUUGUCCUUGAGUAUAUUUUGCUCAAUGCAACUAUUUGAAAUGUUUGUACAGAAAAACUAAGUGCAACUGACUGUUUCUACAGACCUGAAAAAUCAGAAGAAAUAGUUCAAGAAACCUCAUUCAGUCACUGAGAGAACCAAUGGAUACGCUUUCAGUGAUGUCUGAACACGGACAAAAAUGAAAAAGAAAUAAUCUUUUGCUUGUGGAAAACAAAUCUUUUUCCUGGCAGAGGUCUUUUAGCUUAGCAGACUUGCAAGCACAUGUUGGAGAACUUUACAAGUGUCCUUAUUGUGAUCAGUGAACAUCCCCCAAAGAACUGAAACCUUACAUUAAAACACGUAAUAGGGAACAGAACGCAGGAAACAUGCCAACUCAGCCUCUCUUGGCAUACAUGGAUGGACCGGAUGGAAUAGCCAGUACCGUUGGUGCACAGAUGGAGAAUAAUGAUGCCUCAAUGACAAUAAAAGGAACAAAUACCAUUUCUUACAAAAGCUUGCAAGAAAAGUUUCUCAUGCAAGCUGAGGGAUGUAUGCCUCUGGACUGCAUGUUUUGUGAUGAGACUUUUAAACAUCCUGAAGAACUUGGUAAGCAUGUUUUAACUCAACAUAGGCCCACUCUUUGUGAACCAGCUGUCCUGCGUGUUGAAGCAGAGUACCUUAGUCCUCUAGAUAAAUGUCAAGUAAGAACAAAUUUGCCUUCUCCAAACAAUGAAAAAGACAGUGAAGAACUUAGUUGUGAAGUUUGUGGACAAACAUUUGAUGAGGCUUUUGAUGUCGAGGCACACAUGAAAAAGCAUAAAGAUUCCUUCACAUAUUGGUGUAAUGUAUGUGGAAGAAGAUUUAAAGAGCCGUGGUUCCUCAAAAAUCACAUGAGAACUCAUACUGGAAAGCCAGGUUCUAGAAACAAGCUCCAACAAGGUUCUGAAAGCCCCAUAACAAUAAAUGAGGUGGUGCAGGAGCAUGUAACUGAAAAUGUAACGUCACCUUACAAAAUUUGUAUGGUUUGUGGCUUCCUAUUUCUCAAUAAAGAGACUCUAAUUGAGCACAGUAAAGUGCACACCAAAGAAUCAGUACCCAAUGGUGAAAGUCCCCAAGUGACUGGUGAAUCUAAUCCAGAAGAAACAACUCAAAGAGAAGAAUUUCUGCGAUUCUUGAAUUUAAGACCAAACUUGGUUUCAGAAAAUGACAAAUCACAAAAACCUGUGAAAUGGAUAGCUGAACUAGAUCCAUUCAAUACAUAUCAAGCAUGGCAGCUGGCUACCAAAGGUAAAGUUGCAGUUGGGCAUGGCCAAAUUAAAGAACCAGGGCAAGAAGGAAGUACAGAUAAUGAUGAUUCCUCUUCUGAUAAAGAAGAACUUGGUGAAAUAUGGAAUGCAAGUAAAGGUAGCCAGACUGAAACUACAGGGAAGUCAAAAGUAAAUAAAAACGGCAGUUAUACAGGGAAUAGUAACUUAUCCCAAGACAAAUUGAAACAUCCCAGUGGUGAAGUGCCUUCUAUGGAGAUGGAUUCUAAAUUGUCCCAGAACAAAGAGAAACCAACACACUGUUCAGAGUGUGGUAAAGCCUUCAGAACAUACCACCAGCUAGUCCUUCAUUCCAGAGUGCAUAAGAGAGACAGGCGGACUGAUGGAGAGACUUCAGCUGCUUCGAGGACUUGCUGUAAUGAUAUAAUGGCAAGUCUGGAUGAAAAUGGAGCAGCAGAGCGAAUGGAAGGAGGGUCUGAAGAUGGAUCUGAAGACGGCCUUCCGGAAACACUUAAUCUAGAUAAAAAUGAAGAUGGUUUGGAAAGAGCAAAAGUUAAAAACCUUGGAGCCUCCAGAGAAUGCAGCUAUUGUGGAAAGUAUUUUCGCUCAAAUUAUUACCUCAAUAUUCAUCUCAGAACUCAUACAGGUGAAAAACCGUACAAAUGUGAAUUCUGUGAGUACGCAGCAGCACAGAAAACUUCACUGAGGUAUCAUUUAGAGAGGCAUCACAAGGACAAGCAAGCUGAUAGUGCAGCAGACGUGAAAGGUGACAGCAAAGUUUCAUUGCAGAGUCAGGAGACGGAGCUCUUGCUGGCUGCUGAUGGUGCUCAAGGAACCAAAAAUUUGAAGAGGCUUUUUGAUGGUGCCAAAGAUGCUGAGGGCUGCCCACCUGCAAAGCAGCAAAAGGAAAUUCUGUCCUUGAAUAAUGCAAUAGGCAGCACAGUCCUUAUAAGAAUGAAAAACGAUUCUAGGGAAUUGAACAAGCGUUCAAUUUGUAACAAUUUGAAUCAAAUGCAUGAGAAUAUGUCCGCUCCUCACUUGGAAAAACUAAAGGCUGAGAAGGAAACAAAGGAAGUUCAGCCCUGUGCUCCACAUAAGAGAGAGAGAGAGGCUUCUGUGGAAUCGGAGGGAGAUGAUGUCCAGUAUGUUUGUGCUUUUAAGGAUGGAAAAAAUGCGAGUGAUGUGCGAGAGUGCCCUGAAAACUACAAACACAAACAUAUGGUGGACUCUCAAGAAAUGCCCUUGAACUUAUCUGUUGGGACUUCACAAGAAUGUUCAGUGGUUUCAACUGCUAGAGGCCUGCUAGCACCCAGCACCUGCCCAUUUUGUACUUACAGAACAUUCUACCCAGAAGUCCUAAUGAUGCACCAGAGGCUGAUGCACAAGUACAAUCCUGACACCGUUAACAAAAAUGGCUAUAGAAACAAGGCUCUAGCUAAAGCCAGACGCACUGGAUGCCCUCCAGCUCUGCUUGGUAAAGAUGUGCUUCCUUUGUCCUUUAAUCCUAAUAAAAGUAAGGCUUCCCCAUCUACACAGCAAAAACUGUUGCAAACAGGGAAAUCUAAGCAAUGCCACCCUCCACAGAACAAAGUCCCUCUCUUUGCCGUGACUGACUCAAGCAGCACAGCCCCGAGUAACCUCAAGUUUCAUAAACAGCCAAGUAAUGUUGGAGCUCAGGCAAAUAACUAUAGACAACCUCAGCAAGAAAUGCACUCCAGUUCCAGUAUCUCUCCAGUAUUGGACAGAGUAAAAAGAGCUGAAUCUAAAGUAAAAGCUCUGAAUGUCACAGGGUCUCAAUCUGGUGUAGUGAGCAGCAGCAUGAAUGGGGCUCUUGACUCUCACCUAAAUGAAUCUGCCUGGCCUUGUCAUCGAGGAAGAGACUAUCUUUGUAGUAAAUCUGUGGGCAAUGUAAAUCUAGAGUAUGGUGAAACGUCUUCUAAAAGAAUGAAACAUAGUGUGUUAGUUAUUGAACAAGCUGACUGUGCAGUGGCUAAUUACAGAAGAUACGAAACGAGCAGAUUUCGUGUUGCAAACAGAUAUGCAAAUCUGCUACCUCAGGAAUGUUCUCGCACCAAACCUGCAUCCUCUGUUUUGCCAACCAAACAAGGGCUUCUGAAUUCGGAUGAUGUUGACUCUCCUAAUGUAUUGACUGUUCUCAAAUCCUAUGAGCCAUAUAGCUCUGGAUCACUUUACAGUUCUUGUGGAUCUAGCAAUGGCCAAGUAACCAGCUCUACAGUAGAAGGAAAGAGAUCAGUGUCAUACCAACACUUAUCUAGCAGCGUGCUACAAAAACGAAGUUAUGAAAGUUUCAUUGGCAAUGCACGCUUUCGACCAAGUGACAAGAAGACUUGAUCAUUUACUUCAAGAAACGGUCUUAAGGACACAAGUGCAUGUUCUAUGGAAUUAUCUGCAGUUCAUCCCUUGAGGAAAAUGAAUGGUGAAAGCUACUGAACUAAGCUGUGAUUGUACUGUAUAUAAAAACACUACAGUUUUAUAAUAUUGGUUCUGUUAACAUUUUAUACCAAAUAGCCAUAAAAAGUAGUCUAAACAAUUGGGUUAUGAAGGUGUGUGGAGAAUGUAUAUCUUGACAUUGACUUUUGAGUAUUUUUCAUUAGAAUUAAUUGACCAAAUAUUAGGUAGGAAUUAUAUUUUUACAUACUUGAGCGCUGCUGAAAAGAGUUUCAUUGAAAGAAUAUAUAAUCCUUGCACCUCAGGUAAACUGUAAAUACUGAAGCUGAAAUCCUGUUGGCUUAAUGCUCCUUUUUCAUAAAGGUGAAAGUUUCUCAAAUGUUUUUUUUCUGUUGAACUAUGUUAGUUUCUUGAAACAACUUCCAAAUAAACUGUCUGAAACUGUCCAGUUUAUAAAUGUUGUGAACAUCAAAGCAACGGUGCUGAUGUUAAGCUGAUCUGCCUUGUAUAUGUUAGGACCAUAAUGUGUUGGAGGGAUCUGCUUUCCUGGAGCUGUUUUCAGCAUGUUUCUAGAGGCGUGGAUGAGGCAAUACUUGACAUUUGAAUUUGUCAGUGUGGUGUUCCUGAAAUACGGUUGGAUUCCUCUUUUGGCAUUGGUUGCUGUUCUUCAGAGAAGUUUCUUAAGUGAACAUCUCUAGCAACGUACAAACUUUUAUAGCAGAAAAUACCUAGGACUUGCAUGAGAAACGAUACUAAUCUAAAUGUUUCAGAUGUUUAGUUUUCUACUAAACUCUGUACAGUUACAUUUAGAGGAAAACUACUUUGCACCUUUGUCCAAACUAUCAAGUCACAAACAAACAGGCUUGCAAUAUGAAUAUGGGAUUUACAGACUUCAAAAAGGGAUGUGGCUAUGGUGUAGCCUGCUUGACUGUGCUUGGAAGCUUCUUGAUGUCUGUUUUUAGCAUCUACUGGGUGUUUAAAAUGAGUAAUGAAUAACCUGUUAAUAGGAGAAUAUCUCCUUUUAUAUUUUUUGUGAAGACAACAAGAGUUCUUUCUAAUGCACAUGCAGUUUAACUUUUCCUAAAGGGAAGAUGGCCAGUUUCCAGCCAGUAAAGCAGAACUGUGUAUUUGACAUGCGUUCCUAGUUGCUUCUCAUAAAGCCUGUAGUUAAGAGUUAAUUUCUUCUGUACCUGGCUUUGACUUCCAUAUAUUUUAGUAAAACAAAAAAUAAAGAAAAAUUUUGCACUGUUCAUUUUGCUCUCUUCCCUCAAACAGCAAAUGUAAACUAGCAAAACCUAGAAACUCUUGUUUUUUCAUUAUGCAACUUGAGAUGUUCCAGUUGUAUGUCUUAGUUCCUGAAUAUGGGACCUAAUUUUAAUGUCUCUGUAAACUGGCGAUGUAAUGAAGUGCUGUGUAUCAGGAAAUUGUACACUAUUUACCUUCUUUCCUGUUCAUAAGCUGAGCCAUAUGUACAUAAUCUAGAUUUGUUUUCCUAGUUUUGCACUUUUAUAGCCUAUUUUUUGAAGAUGGAUUCACUUGGAAAAUGGUUAAUCUAUUUUUUUGCGUGAUCUUUCAAUGAGUCUUAUAGAAUGCAUGCUGUAACUAUCAUCUAUGUACCUUAUGGGGUUCUGUGAUUAAAACAUGUACAGGGCUGUAUUAAGAUGUUUAAGCAAACAGACCUAAGAUGUGUUUUUAAUCUUCCUUCAUGCCGGUACAGUUUCCCUCAAGGCUUUUUAGUAGAUAUCUUGGGGGUUGAAUGGAAAAAUGGACAUGAAGACUCUAUUUCAUGGCAGCCCAGCCCUGUACUUCAGAAUACACUUUGCCCAUCAGUAUUAACUAUUGGGAUACUACUGGUUUUGUAUGUUUCUUUGGAGAUAACAGUGCAUAUAUAGAGGUACAAAUUGUUGAUUUUUCUUUUUGUUUAUGUAUUUAUUUCAUUCCAUUUUGUUUUAUUUUAAUUGUUGAAACCAGAAGUUGUCAAGCAGUAGGCACACAUUACUCAUUUAAUUUAUGAUGUAUUUCACUUUAGUUGAGUAUAUUAUUACAUGUGGAUGUAAAUAUAGACCUGGUGUUUUGCAAAACUGGUUUCUGUGUCUUGUUUUUAAAGAUUAAAAUUAGUUGGAUGGAAUUUCAUAUUCUCUUGACCUUUCAUCAUACUCAGACCCCUGUGGGAGGGGAAGAAGGAGGACCUGCCAAUAACCAAACCCAAAUUCGUGUCCUGUUCAGUUGCUCUCAUGAAAAUACUGAGUCACUUCCCAGAAAAUCUGGCUGAGGCUUAGAGGACAACUCUAGAGAAGAAACCUUUUGUUUCUUCCUUUUCAGUCAUCUUCCUUUAAGAAAAACAGAGUUCUUGUAUACAUACCCUUUCUUGUUACCACAAUGUAAGGGCAUGGAUUUUUUUUUUUAAUUUAUUUUUGAAGCUUCAGAAUUUGUAAGGGCUUAAGCCUUCUGGGGAAAAAAAUAAAAUCUAGAUCUGAUGUGUUCUUGGAGCUUGACUGACCAGCAUCGCCUUUGACAGUAUCUGAAAACCAGAUUAGGAGUCUGGGGAAGACAGUUGGGAAAGACUUGUCAAAGGCAACUCAUCCUCAAGAGAAGAGAACUCCUCAGUUGAGAUCCCCAUUAUAAAUUAACUUCAUUUAAGGGCACGUAGGGGUGACCAGUGCCUCAGUGGCAUCCUAGAUUAAGCUUUUGAUUCUUGUGUUAGGCUGGCGCUGGUGGCUGUGAUUAAGGUUUGUGGAGGUAGGCUAGGCUGAUUUGACUAAAGAAAAGGCAGUGCUGGUGGGGAGAACAGAAACUUCAAAGUGGGAGCCUAACAAAAUGACGUGAUAUGUAGAUAUAUGUAGGUCUGUCACUUGCUUUGGGACUAGUGAGUCCUUACAGUGCCUGUGGUGUACAAAUGACAGGUCUUGGAGGUCUUGGAGUCUUGCUGCUGAAGAUAUUCAUCUAGGCUUGGGGUAACAUUGCUGCUACUAAAUUGCUGUGUGGUGCUGACUAGCAGUGUGGUAGAGGGGGGUAUAAGACAGAUGUGAGCUUUGCAAGUCAUCUUUACUGUUGACCAUGGCUAUCAUUUGGGGGAUAUCCUUUUGGGGGGCGGGGGGACAGAGGACACAGCAUACAAAAAAAAAAAGAGCCAGUGAAUGAAUUUAGGGUGUGUUUUCAGUGCUGGUGUUGAUUAAAGCUGUUCUAGUUGAGGGGUUAGUGCAAUAUGCUCCUGACUGGGUGGUCUGCUGUCAUUCCUAUCCUGGUGCCAACGAAGCCCCGUGGUAACUGGCUUGCCUAAUAACCUGAUGAGUGCCGUUUGUUUCUUCCGAGCAGGGUGUUACUAGAGGACUUGAAAGCGCUAUCUAAAAUGCUGGAAUGUAUAACUAAAGUGUUUCUCUACAGCAAUAACUGUUCAGAUCACUUGGGUGAUUAAAUAUAAAUGUUUGAGGCACCUUCCAUACUUUUAAUGAGUUACACUUUAGGCACAUUCAGGCGACCAUGUCUUGCAACUACGAAGCAGCAGCAUUAAUUUUCUCAUACUAGGAAGUUCUAGUGUUAAAUCACCAAACAGUUUCUUGUUCCCCUUUUUAGUAAAAGAGGAAAAUAUGAAAGUGCAUUACUGAGCAGAUUUCUCUGUUCAUUUGCACACACUUAAGAAAAGUGCAUUUAAUUAGGAUUAGCAAGUCUCUAAAUUGCAGAUGGUUCUCAGGGGAAAAAAUAGUUAUGAGUGCAUUCAUGACAUUAAAAUCAGUACAUUUAAUUCAAUUUCAUCUUAAUAUUAAUUCAUAACAUCUAAAGUAGUAGUUCCUACAGAAGAUGUUCAUGUGAUUUAGGAUUAGUAGAAAAAAUGAGAUCUAGCAUUUCCAAACAUGCAACAGCAUGAUUGCCAUGUGUAAUUAUACAGAUUGAGUAACUACAUGCUAAUUACAAGAGUGCCCAUUUCAACUUGCACUGUUAUCUGUGACAAGGGUCUGUUAUGUGAAAUGCAAUUUUAUUUAGUCUGGAGUUCAUUACCAAGAGAUAAUCCAAGUCCAGGACUGGGUCAUGUGUAAAACACUGCAAAACUCAGUGGUUAACAGGAGCUGUUAGUGCGUAACUCCAGAGUGGGCUGUCUGCUGGGCUGAGCAUGGCAUUACAACACAAGGUAUUUUUUUUUAAAGUUUAGCACUGUUUAUACUGACACAUUGGUCUUUGGUUUGACCAGACUUGAAAGUACAGCAUUGCUUUCUUUCAAGAGUUAAAUGUAAGGGUGUAGUAUCUUCCCAGAUCAACUGUUCUUAAUUUUAUUUCUGUAUCUACUUGAGAUGAGAUGGGCUGUAUCUGCUUUGGGCAGAUACAGCAGCUCUAUAUUCCUUCUGUAUAUGUAAAUAUGAAAGCAAAGUAACGUGCUUAGGUCUGGAUCAAGCUGGAUUCUUCUGCAGAAUAAUGAGGCGUGGACUUUGGAAACCCUGGAUUUAGAUAGCACUGCUCCUUGAGAUUUCCUCCCUCUGUUUCCACUGAGGUUAUCUGUAGGUCCCUAGGUGCAAUACCAUGGCAAUACCCAUACCCUCCUGGCUUAGCGGGGCUCUGCAGCCUCCACAGUUCUCACAACAGGGUUGAAAGCAGCAAAGCAAGGGUCUACGUGGUGCUGUCUGCCCAGGAAAAGGCUGGGCCUUCCUCAGCAUGGAUGGGCACGUGAAGGGUGAGGUUUUGCUCCAUGGAGCAGGUUUUGACUAAGAUAUACCAUGGUCUUGGCUUCUCUGUGUUGGCAGAGGGAGAUAUUCUUCCCAUUGCUUCACUCUUGACGAUCUCCAGCUCUUUGAUGUAUCAUUAGGGGUCCAUGGAAAGGAGUUAACUCCUUGCUCUUCUCUCAGGGAGUGCAUUGUGGGUUUCUCUCCCCGUCUCUCUAGAGUGACAACGCAAUGGCUUUCAGCAGCAUUUUAACCAAGAGAGAAUGUAAUGCGUGAAAGGGAAUCGGGCUCUUCGGGAGAGCUUAGUGAGCGUUUGAGCAUUAGAUGGCAGUGUUGGCAAAGAGGAGCGCUGGGAGCAGCUAACCAGGAGAGCUCGGGCACCAGCCAGCAGCUAGCUGCACGGGGAGGGCUCUGCAUCUAAGGCCAAGCUGACUUCAGAUUCCUAAAUUAAUUAGCAAGUGCAUAAAAGUAGAUACAAAUAAAACAAGUAGAGCUGCCUCCAAACACACCAUACGUGCAAAAAGACGUUGACCUAUUUAAAUAAUUUGUGUAGCAGAACUUGUAGGAUAACCAGAAAACUUCACCGACAAUUGAGAAGAACCCAAGGAAAUCUGUAGACAUAUAAAUGUUGUCUCUGAUUUUGUCUUCUCACCCUAUCAAUAUUUACCAAAAUGUGUUGCUACAGAGCAGAUUUGGUGUGCAGUUUAGCUGCUAGCUACCCCUAUAUUUGGUUUUAUGAUUAAUUAAAUGAUGUAUUUUAUGAUGUGUUACACAUCACUAUGAGAACUAUUUGUCUGAAUCUCUAAUACACAACCUUUCAUGAGCAAAUCUGGGCUAAUAAUUGUGCAAUACUUUGGCAUUUAAAAUUAAUUUUGCACAUAUGAAAUGUUUUCAUUCAUCCUCUGUGAAUGUCAUGACCUAAUGCAAUUACUGAUUUUUCAUCCAUUGAACAAUCACCUGCAAAGAGCCUCUCUGUGAUUUCAUCUCCUCCACCUUCGGUGUAAGUACAGGAACAAGUGGGAAGUAGUGAACAGGAGGAGCCUGCGUUACCUGUGUGAGCUGGGAGUGCAACAGACUCUUUGGUUUUCUGAUAGUUCUGGGAAAUCAGGAAAGAGUUUUGAUUUAAAGUAAAAAAUGCAUCUUUGCUUCAAAUUGUAAAAAAACAGUUUCAUUUUGUCAUGGAAUAUGUCACUUCAGUUUAGAAUUCACCUGAAAUUUUAAUAUAUAUGUGUGUAUAUAUAGUCUCAAAAAGCUAAUUAAAAGCAUUGCUAAAUAAAGUAAUUUUUAGUAAAGCCAGUGUCAAACCUGAGCUUAAUUUUUUUUUUUUUCAGAAAAAUAGAAGGUCAGAACAACUGAAUGAAAUUAGAAUUAAUUCAGAAUUACAUUUGCACCGAUGUUGCAUUUUUUUCCUCCUGUUUUCUUUCCACAACUGCUCACCAAAACCUCUGGAAAGUGCCAAGCUUUUCAGCCAGCAGACUAAGUUAUUUUGUACAUCUGUUUGCAGUUUGCAGUUCUGUUGAACAAGGAGAAAUGGCUCUGCACUUCAGUUAUCUUUAUUGUCUAGAUAACACAUUUUCCAGGCUCAUUUUUUUUUUGGUAAACUUUACUGCGAAUCACGCUUUAGCCGGAGCAUCAUCACAGCGCACUUCUCAAUAUUAACCCUGUGUCUUUGCUCCGGGCAUUCCACCAAGGUGGACUAAGAUGAGGUUUGGCACUUCUUAAUUUCUGUUUCUUUUUGAUUUACCUUCAUUGUAGUGUUUAGGCUUGUAUUUCUUCUCUCCCUCCCUCUGCAACUGUUACUUGAAGUUAAAAGGUAAUUGAACUCAACAUUUCUGCUCGAAUUGGGUCUUGUAAAAUUCUCUUUUAGCGGAACCUAAAUCUGGGACUUUGACGUUUUGACAGAAUCUGUUUUCAGGUUGAAAAAUUUCUUUCCCGAUAAGAAUUUUUGCUGUUUUCCUGUUUGACUCCAAAACCCUAAGAGCUGAUCAUCUUUAAAGUAUUAGCAUAAUUGUUUACAGAUGGUCUUUUUAUAUUAAAAAAAAAAAAAAAAAAAAAAAAAGCAACAACAACACAAUGAAACACAUACUGAUUUCUCCCUUCUCUAACCUAGCUCCACUGCUGUUUUUCUAAGCUCAGGGGCUUCUCAUUUUCUUCAUUUAACCUAAAUGUAUUGUGGGAUGAGUUUAUCCAGAGCUAUUGAUAUUUCAUUAGUUACUUCAGAGAAACAAGCCAACAAAAUUCUCGAACACUUGUAGAGCUGUUCAGUUCUUGUUAACUAAAUGGAAAUGCUUGAAUGUCCUGUUACAAAUAAAUGUGGUUUUAUUGCCAGUGAUUUUUGGCACUGCAAUUAUAAAGCUCAGUCUUGGGACAUGUUAAUGAUGCCUGGAUUACACCAUGUCACUGAACUGCACGCUCAAAAAGCCAGAUUCAGUAAAUUUACUUGUGAACACUUUAAAAAUAAAGAUCAGUGAUAGUCUACCAACAAAAGGGACUUUUUGGCAUGGAGUCAGCUCUGUUAACAGGAACUAUAGCUGCACUUCCAUCACUAUAAAUAAGUUGAGUAUUGAUGUAAAACUAACAUCAAUUUCUAAACAAAACAAACAAGCAAACACCAUGAAAACCUUCAUAUUUCAGGUAUGUUUGUCUGGACACUACUUCCUUUAUGGAAUUCCUUGUUUAUUUUGCAGUAGCACCUGGAAUGCCCAAUGUCUAAGUUGCAGCCCUGGUCAGUUUAGCCACAGUAGAAACCAACAGUAAGAGAGAAACUCUCCAAUAUUUCAAAAGAUGCAUUCAUUGCUACACUUUAGACAGCUUCUCCAAAUAUGUUACAUCCCUAAAAGAACCAUUUCCUCAGCAAAAGCAUAUCUUUUGUGUAGGUGGUAUUAAAAAUGCUAUAAAUACCUCUUCAGUGACAGUACCAUUGCAGUAAAUAUUUUAGCGUGUAGCCAGUUCUGGUUUCCCAAAUAUUUUUGUUAGCAUUGAGGUUUAUCUGACCGUCUCUGCAAGAAGCCUCCUCUCCCCUGACCGGGGCCCUUUAGACGUGAUGCGGAGAAAUGUUUUAGGGACUCAGGUGUCUUUUGCAGGAUGACCAAAGUAGGCACCGAAGGGCUUAGCCCGGAUGCAGAUAAGCACAAGAAGUGCAUGAGCAGACAACACUGAAAGAGCUCCCUGCUCAGUCCUCACACACAUGUCCUAAAUUUCACAGCCGAUGGAUGCUGUUGGUUCCCUCUCGUGGCCCCAGUGCCGACUGCCAGCUCCCUGUCCCAGCAGGAUGCCGCUUACCCGCUGGGACCACGGGCUGACCCUUUGGUUGUGCUGUGCAGUCCUUUACUGACCUGAGAGCUCCGCAGCGCUCCAGAGGGUGCCUCGCAGAAUCCCGGCCCCACGGGCUCAGCGAGGUCCCACCCCAAAUCCUUUGUGCCGUGACCCCGGUGCCCCGUGAAAGUAACCAGCCUCCCCUCGGUGCCCAGCCCUCAUGGGCAGAGCAGCUAUUUAAAUUGUAAAGCAUUCAGCAGAGGUAGAUGGAAUUAAAUUUAUUCCUGGAUUGUUGAAUAAUGUAAUAUACAUGUUGUACAUAAAAGAAUCACAAACCACCCAGCCUGAUUUUCCUAUGAAAACAUUUAACUUUUAUUAAAUCAAGACAGUUUUAAGGAGCAGCAAGAAUGAAAGCAAAAACAACAAUUGAACCAGCUUUCAAAGUUGCCCUGUAGCCAAAACAUCCAUAUGAGAAGCUGAAGGGUUGCUUUUAGUUGUUUGUUUGUUUGUUUAUCCAGUUGAAGUGCAUCACCAAUAAUUAACAACAACAAAAAAAAAAAAAAAGGAAAAAAAGGGGAAAAAAGAUGCAAGUUCAAACCCUUGGAAUAAAUCAGAGCGGUCUCCUGAGCCUCCCAGAGCUGCCUACAGCUGCUUUGGCUGUCUCCAUCGACACGGGAACACUGCAGCCUGUGUAAGCCCUUGAUCUUGCCCAGGCCCAAUCCUGCCCAGCGGGACCGGCCCAGGCCUCGAAGGACAGGACACAGCCACAGGCCCGGCCCCACGGCCUCGUGGGGCAGCGAGCUCUGGCACGCGUGUGCAAGGGCAGGAGGUGGGACCGGCUCCAAGCAGCGAGCGCGUCGCUGCUUCCUGGAACCAUUCAAGUAUUCGGGGUCGAUGCCUGUGAGCCUUGCAGGUGAGACUCCCCUCAGGCCAGGAUUUGGCCCCGUACCUAUAGGACAUACCUAAACCAUUAGCUAUUCUUCCCAGGAAAGUGGCAGAGGACCCUGCAUGCUGGAGUUAAGUCAGAAAGGCGAGACAAAGCCCUGGGGAGCGGUCUGCAGGGAACAAACCUGUAUUGGCAGACAGCAAGAUAAAUUGGAUGAUCUAAUAGUCCUUUUCCAUCUCUAAGUUUUAUGAUU